AUGACCUCGACCGAGACGGAGGACGUCGUACUACGUCGCACCGCCAUCACCGAUUACUGCAAUAGGUUACUCCAGCACAAGGAGCUCGACUCCCGAAUCCACGCAGAAAACUUGAGAGGAGUUAAGGAGGAGUUUGGAAAAACUGAAGAUGAUUUGAAGUCGCUUAAAAGUGUUGGUCAGAUUAUAGGGAAAGUUCUGAAACCUCUUACUUUUAGUGAAUGUAAUUUUGUUAGAGCUGCUUUGUGUUUGAGAAGUCUGGAAGUAAAUGUUUUGGAUAUGACUAGUCUGACUAUCAUGAGGGCUCUUCCAAGAGAGGUUAACCUGGUAGUGUAUAAUAUGUUUCAUGAAGAUCCAGUUAAUGUUAGCUACUCUGCUGUGGGAGGGCUAGGAGAUCAGAUCUUGGAUCUUAGGGAAUCUAUAGAACUGCCUCUAAUGAACCCUGAGCAUCAAACCACCCAAGGCAUGUUUUAUAUAAAGUCUUCAUUGUUAUUUUAUUGAAUUGUUCCAGUGUGUUCUUCUCUAUGGACCCCGGGAACAGGGAAGACAUUGCUAGCCAGAGAAAUUGCAAGAAAGAGAGAUGCUAACUUUCUAAAGGUGAGAAUUCAAUUGGGUCAGGGAUCAGCUGGACAAGUUGCCAGGACCAUGAUCAAGGAGGAGGGUUUUGGUUUAUUGUAUAAGUCAUUGCUGUGUGAUCCAAACCCGAACUCUCCAGCAAACAAUUAG